AAAUCCUAUUGGUUGAGAGGAGCCAAUAGAAAUCAAGUUUUUUAUAGAAAAGAUUUGCCAGGAUAAUUUUGAUGUCCACACAUUCUAGGAUGACUCAUCUGUCUCAUUCACUUUUUGAGGUACACAUAACUCUCGGAUUUACAUCCGACGUUUCCGCAUUUAUUUUAUGAAUAGAGUUUGGAAAGAUGUUUAGCCUUUAAUUGAUAACAAAGAACAAUGAUAUUGAAUGUAGAGAUCAUUAGCUAUGAUUUAUCAAAUAUUUUUAUAUUAAAAUUUAAUUAUUUCGUAUUAUUUACUUAAAUGUGUAGUCAUACACUAUAUCUGAACUUUCUCGUUCAAUAAGUUGACCUAAAAUUCUUAUUCAGUCUUAACUACGAUCAUUUUAAAUAAAAUAAUAAAAGGUAGUUAAACCGUAAGCCAAAAUAAAGGAUUUCAAACUUGUCUAUGAUAAAUCUACAGACAUAUUUUCGAUUGAAAAUAAUUGUAAAUAUAAUUUGUAUAUAAUAUUAAUUUUCUUGUAAUAUAGAAUAUGAUGAACGAAACUUCCAUUGUUGGGCAUAUCGUUAUUAUCUUCUUGAACGUCUUUGUCCAUCAUCAUCAUCAUCAUCGGAUUUAGAAAAAUUUUAUGAAAAUGAAUUAUCAUUUCUUCGUUCAACAAUUGGUGUUAAUUUAUCAAAUUAUUCCGCAUGGCAUUAUCGUUCAAAAUAUUUCGAUAAACUUGUUGAUAAUAAUCCUUCUCGUCGUUGUUCUCUUUUAUCAAGUGAAUGGCAACUUAUUUUAAAUGCUUUUUAUACAGAUUGUUCUGAUCAAGCUGCAUGGUUUUAUGCUCGAUGGUUAUUAUUUAAACAAAUAGGAAUUGAAUUAAUUAAUGAAGAUGAACAUAUUAAACCAUUAGAAGAACUUGAUUAUAUUGAACCAGGAAAUAAAUGGUGUAUGUUAGCUUUAUCUCAAUUAUGGAAAGGAAA